AUGAAACACCUCACACAGGUCUACACAAAAGAGGAGCUGGACGCGAUCUUUGAGUCGGCACUGCCGGACGCCCUGGUGGUGGUGGACUGGUACAAGACGGACUGCCCGGCCUGCAAGUACAUGGCGCCGGGCUUCCACAGGAUGUGCCGCAGCGCAAGCGAGCACGCGCAGCACAUUAUAUUCGUCAAGCACAAUGUGUAUGACGAGGACUACGAGCUGACCCCCCUGGCCCGCCACCACAAAAUCAAGAACGUGCCGCUAUUCACGUUCCAUCUGAACAACGGGGAGCUGGUGGAGAGCUUCGCGACGCGCGAUAAGGCGCGCCUUAUCGCGGCGGUGGACAAGCACGCGCCGGUCACUGUGGAGCGUUGGGAGGACGAGGACUUGUGA